ACUCACCAUCCGUCUUUAUUCGUCCAGUCGUUCCAAAUUUUCGAAGUCAUCAUUUUUCUUUCGGUUCCAACAACCUCUUUCUUUCAAUUUCUCCAACGUUUAACAUAAGAUCGGACCUGGGAAGUCAGUGGUGUUUUCAGUAAGGAAGAAAAAUGGAAGUGUUCAGCACAGACGAAGCAAAUGAAAAUAAACAGAAGUACGACCGGACGUGCAAGCUAAAGGCUUUCGAUGAAUCAAAGGCGGGUGUCAAGGGCCUCGUCGAUGCGGGGAUUACCGAAGUUCCUCCUAUUUUUGUAGAACGCCCAGAGAACCUGCGAAGUGCUCUGGCAUCGGGCGACAGCCACUUCCGUGUACCUAUAAUUGACCUUGAAGAUAUUGCGAAAGAUCCAUCUCGGCGCCAGGAGGUUGUGAAUGAAGUUCGAAGUGCAUCCAAAACAUGGGGCUUCUUUCAGGUGGUGAAUCACGGGAUUCCCACCGCUGUUCUGGAGGAGAUGCUGGAUGGAGUGCGCCGUUUCCAUGAGCUAGAUGCUGGAGAGAAGAGACGUUUCUAUUCGCGAGAUUUCACAAGAGGCGUUGCGUAUCACAGCAAUUUUAAUCUGUAUAGAACAGAGGCGGCCAAUUGGAGGGACACCCUAUUCUGUAUUAUGGCACCUAAUGCUCCCGUGGCAGAGGACUUGCCGGCGGUAUGCCGUGACAUAAUGCUGGAAUUCUCGAAGCAAGUGAUGAAUUUAGGAAUCACCUUGUUCGAGCUACUGUCGGAGGCGCUCGGGUUGAAUCCGAACCAUCUGAAGGACAUGGACUGUGCUGAGGGACUCGUCCUUCUGAGCCAGUACUACCCCAAAUGCCCACAACCAGAGCUCACUCUGGGAACCAGCAAGCACGCCGACAGCGACUUCUUCACCGUGCUCCUGCAAGACCAUGUCGGAGGUCUCCAAGUUCUUCAUCAGAAUCAAUGGAUCGAUGUGAGCCCCGUGCCAGGAGCUCUGGUAGUUAACAUCGGAGAUCUGCUUCAGCUUAUCUCCAAUGACAUAUUCAAGAGCGCCGAGCAUAGAGUUUUGGCCAACAACGUGGGGCCGAGAGUGUCUGUGGCGUGCUUCUUUUACAUGGCGGCAUCGCCAUCUCCAAGACUGUACGGACCCAUCAAGGAGUUGAUUUCGGAGGGCGAUCCACCAAAGUACAGAGAAACCACCAUCAUGGAGUAUGUUUCCCGCUACAGCGCGAGAGGCGAUGAGACUUCGGCUCUGCAGAUGUUCAAGCUGUGAGUUUGGCAGUGGCAAACAUCUGGUGGUACAGAUCGGAAAGGGAAUGCCUACAUUAGCAGAAAGUAAACCCAAGCGUGAUACGAGCUUGCUGGCUCGUUUGUUACUUUUCAUAUUCGUAUUAUGUCGUAGCUUUGAUAUGCAAAAAUAAUUUCAAUAAUUGACUAUGUCAUAGAAUCAAGCCACUAGGUGCAAGUGCUUUAGGAGAUUAUAUGCAAUAUACCUGAAUAUUCAAAGCACAGAGCUCCAAUGUCAAGUCCAUCUCAACCGAUGAUCAUGUCAAUCCCGUGUUGUUGAGACCUUCAUAAUUAAUGAUUUAUGUAGGGUUGGUUCA